GCAAGCUCCAGUCGAUCGAUUAAGCUCGAUCCACUUUCGCACUGCAGCGUCAUCAACAUGGACGAGGAGGCGGCAUGCGCUCGCGCGUUGCAGAUUUGUUGCAGCAGCAUCUUCCCCUUCACCAUCAAGACCGCCAUCGAGCUUCGGCUCCUCGACGUCAUCGCCGAAGCCGAGUCCCCCGCCGCCGCCUUGUACCCCGCACAAAUCGUCGCCCAGCUGCCCGCCGCCGCCGACAACCCGGAGGCUGCAGAUAUGGUCGAUCGCUUGCUCCGCCUGCUCGCCUCCUACGGCGUCGUCACCUGCACCACUGAAGCGGCCGGCUCGAGGAAGUAUAGCGCCGCGCCCGUCACCAAGUACUUGGUCAAGAAUGGGGACGACGGCGCGUCUUCGAUGGCUAACUUGGCUCUGCUCCACCAGGACAGGGUUGCGGUGGCUACAUGGGAUCAAAUGAAGGAUUCAGUGCUGCACGGUGGCUUACCGUUGCAGAACGCGUUCGGAAUGUUAAUGUUCGAGCAAUUGGGCUCUGAUGCUCGAUUGAACAAGGUGUUCAACGACGCCAUGGGCGGCUACUUCGUCGUCUUGAUGAAGCAAUUGCUCCAGGUCUACCAGGGCUUCGACGAUGUCAAUGUGCUCGUCGACGUCGGGGGAAACGCCGGCGGCACCCUCCGCAUGAUCACCUCCGAGCGUCCUCAUAUCAGGGGCAUCAACUUCGACGUCCCCCAUGUCAUCUCUCAAGCACCACCAAUCCCAGGUCAGAACGGGAAGGUGAUCGUGGCGGAGUGCGUGCUUCCGGAGCUACCAGAACAGACUGUAAAGGCUCAAGCGGUGUUCCAAAUGGACUUGGUCAUGAUGGCGAACUGCCUCGGUGGAAAGGAGCGAUCAGAGAAAGAGUUCAAGGCCCUAGCAAUGGAGGCUGGAUUCAGAGGAUUCGAGGUACCUCACAGAAUUGCUGCCGGCUGGGCGGUCAUGGAAUUCACCAAGUAA